CAGUUAUAAAAGAGUGAAGUGCUAUUAAAAAUACGGACAGACGGAUGCGGAUGUUGGUUAUAUUUAUUGGAAGUGCUACAGUGCGCGUAGAAUACAUUGAAGUAAGGAAAUAACAAUUUAUUUCGUAACAAGAAGAGCAAACAACAGCUGGUAAAAUAAAAAGUUUCUACGGUUGUGCGGCUAACAAAAUGGUCUUAUGCAAGGAAUAUCGCAUCUGCAUGCCGCUCACAGUGGAAGAGUAUCGCAUCGGCCAGCUGUAUAUGAUUGCGCGUCACAGUUUGGAACAAUCCGGUGAGGGUGAAGGCGUUGAAGUGGUAGAGAGCUAUGAAUGUGAUGAUCCCGUGCACGGCAAAGGCCAAUACACAGAGAAGCGCAUACAUUUGUCGAGCCGAUUGCCAUAUUGGAUACAAGCCGUGUGCCCGCGUGUCUUCUAUGUCACAGAAAAAUCUUGGAACUACUAUCCCUUCACAAUUACAGUGUUCCUUCGUGCCCAAACUGAGCAUAUCAAUCAAAACCAAAUAUGAAAACAACAAUGGCUCUUCAGAAAAUUGCCUUGACCUAAGCGAGGAGGAGUUACAGACACGUUUGUUGGAGGAAAUUGACAUUGCAUUCGAUGACCUCUCCAACCAAAAUCACUAUAAAAAGGAAGAAGACCCUAAAUUUUUCAAAUCAGAAAAAACAGGUCGUGGCCCACUCAUGGAAGGCUGGCGCAGCACUGAUAAACCUAUUAUGUGUUCUUACAAGGUAGUAAAUGCUUGCUUUGAAGUUUGGGGCUUGCAAACAAAAGUCGAAGACUUUAUUCAACGUAGCAUACGUGAUGUACUGUUACUUGGACAUAGACAGGCCUUCACUUGGAUUGACGAGUGGUAUGGCAUGACGUUGGAGGAUGUGCGUGCAUUUGAAAGACAAAAACAGGCUGAGACAAAUGAAAAAUUGAAAGGUGCCGGUGAUGACUGAAGUAGUAGUGAAAAAUCAGUUGUUGAAAUGUAGGGUGGUUUUGUUUAAAAUCAAAGCGCUAAAAACAACUAAUUAGGGUAUAGAGCUUACAGACAGAGAGAGAGAAAGAGAAAGAGAGAGAGUAGUGCAACACGUUAAUUUAAGGCAAAUACAAGAAUUAUCGAAUGCUGAUGCUAGUCCUUAGAAAAGAAUAUGUUCUCUAUAAAACAAAAAAAAAAAAAUCAAACGCUUAUUAACCAGCAGAAAAGACACAAUACUGGUACUCAGGAAAAUUGAAAAUAAUGUUCUAAAUGCUGAAUUUAGCGAAUUUAACGCUCUUGAGUAAAAAAAAAAUGUUUGUUCAGGAACAAGAACAGCU